AUGUGGCCUCCUAAAAUUAAAAAGGUUAGCCCAUUAGCGCAAUCUGUGUUCUACUUCUUGGGCAAACUUUUGCACGAUUGCGAUGAUAGAAAUGUAAUAUUGAAGUGGUUAACCUUGGCUUUUCUUCCAAAUGAGAAACCGAAGUCAUCUGAAGUCACCAUGAUCGGAUAUUCAAACUGUCUAAUUCAAGAUUAUGAAUCAGUCGCCUGGGUUUUUCUUUUUUCGGAUGAUACGUUCAAAAGCUUCAUUUUGAAUGAGGAAAACAAGUUCACAAAGCUAAAGGAAGGAAAGAUCAAUAAAGUCAGCAUCAAUAUUGAUACGAACUCCAUCAUUUUUGAGGGAAAAUCUCGAGAUCCAAUUUUAAAGUUUUAUCCUACGGAUCCAAAGACAGUGAUGGCGUGGGCAGAUGCCCAUGACGAGACGCAAGAUCUGACCGUCACUUUCCUUUCUUCAGCCAGAACUCCUUUUCCAAACAUUUUCUAUGAAUACGCUAUUCCUAUGCUUAUGACUAACAACAACAUUGUUCUCAAAGCCAUUCUUCGUGUGUUCAACAACAUCGGAUCUGCUCCUCCUUCAUUCUUUUCUGCACUUUUAGAUGUUUUCGCAACAAAAGACACGAUUAAUACACUUUUCAGCACGAUUCUAAUUUGCGAUCUCGAAACUACGAACGGUUCCCUCAACGAAAUUGUCACAAGGAACUUAAUGACGAAUCAAUUUUUCCGAAUUUUAGUUACGAGAUACUACGAGUCAUAUUUCGAAAGGUUCUUAUCAAAGCUUAUCAGGUACAUUGAUGAUAGAGCAGAUUUACGAUUAACUCAGCCAGAUUGUGAUGUUGAACGUGCCAAAGUUGUUGUUUUCUCAUUUAUCAAGUACAUUCUUGGAAGCUACGGAAUAUUCCCUCCUCAGAUCUCCCAUUUCCUUUCAUUUGUACGAUCGUAUUCUUCCAUUGUCCAUAAUAACCGUGAAGAAGUCUUUAAUUUGAUUUCGACCUUGUUCUUCGAAAAUAUAUUGGUCAACGGAUUAUUAGGCAACGAGCCUUUUCCGAAAGUCCAACUCAAGAACAAAAACCAGAUUAUCGAAUUAUUAAGAUUUAUUAAGCCGAUAUUCAUUCAUAAGACGAUCGAAACAACAAAUCCAGAGAUCUGGGAUUGGAACACACGCAUUACAUUCCGCGUACACCCUCAACUUGACAUUUUCCUUUCAGUUAUAUCUGAUCCUGCACCAGAUGCUCGAUUUCCGAGCGUCAAUGAUGAACAGUAUGAAGAAUAUUCAUCAUGCAUCUUCCAAACGAUCUCAAACAAUCAAGAUCAGUUUAUAGAAAAUUAUGAAAAGAUGAAAAAGCAAACGGCGAUCUCCUCAUGCGCAUCCUGGAAUUUUACCUUUGCCGUUUCGAUGCUUUUCCAGCACAUGUCCGAUGGAGAAGAACUCGAAGUAAAUACUGAGAACAAAAAGGACGAUUAUCGAAAUUUCCUUGAUACAGCAGUUAUCAGACCACAACCCAUUCCAAAUUCUCCAUUUUCAGACCACUACGGCAAGGAUUACCUCGAAUCCGCCCAUCCAUCUUCUUAUUUAAUGCAGUCCCUUGAAUUAAUGAACGACCAAGUUAACAUUCCUAACAACAAGCUUCCACGGAUGCCUCUAAUUCCUCAUUACAGCGAUGAAGAUAUCGCUGCUGAGAUAGAAUUGCGAAAAAAAGAGCUGGCGGAGCCUCAGACCAGGACGGCGCGGACUGUGGCUCCACAAGCAAACGCAUCGACCCAAGGAAACCUCACGAGCCCCCGAUUUCCACCGAAUCAGAUGAUGAAUCAGAAUCCGAAUCAGAAUCCUCUUCCUACUACUCAGAAUACACAAAGUCAACAAGUUCCGCAACCGAUAACAUCAAAUCAAGCGAAGCCGUCUCUAUCUCAGUUGAAUCCUCAAUUGAGCAACCAACAACCGACCAACGUGAUCACUCCGAACCUCCUGUCAGCCAACCAAGCUCAGAAGCAGUCUCAAUUACAGCUUCUGGAGGAUAUUCUGAAGUCGAUGCCGGAACAAGCAAAGAAUACUCCUCAACCCCUGCUACUUCCAUCUCAGCCGUCUCAGAGCAAUAUGCUGAGGCAAUCCCGAAGCCAGAGUGCCAUGAAACUCGCUCCGACAAUCUCAAUCAACCCGAAAAAGAGGGAACCAACGACGAUAGAAGAGGACACACCGGUUCAUCUGAUUCCGACUACUACAGCUACGGAGCAUCAAGCGAAUAUAGUUCCGAAAAGGACGGUCGGAAAGAAGAAUCGUCUUAAAUUAGGGAGAAGCGUCAGUCCAGAGACGGACAAAGUGAUCAAGAAGAAGUCAAGAAGGAAGACAGCUGAAACAACAACGAAUACGGCGUCUUCUUCAAUGGAUGAAGAAAAUGCUCCGAAGAAAAAGGUCCUUAGGAAGAAAACAAAGAAGGCAAGAGCAAAAACAGUUGAUCCUGUACCGGAGAAACUCAGUAGUAGCCCAAGUACAGACAAAUUAAACAGUCCAGGUAAGAAACGAAAAAGAAUUGUGAAAAGAAAAGGUUCUAACAGAGGAAUGACCAAAACAGUUGAAGAUGAAUUACGAGAGCCCUCUAUUUCUCCACAACAAGUUCAAAUCCAGGCAAAUAAUAAUAAUUCUCAAAAUGCGAAGCCAAAAGGAAGAAAAAGGGCAUCAACAACUAAGACACCAACACUGGUUAUCGAUCCUUCAAUUCUUGUCCCUUCAAAUGCUACAAUUUCUAGGAAAUCUUCCAAAUCCAGCAAUGCAACGAAAUCGUCAAAGAAUAGCGAUACUCCGGCAUCUCCUAUUACUCAUUCUCCUUCAAAGAAGAAGUCAAAGACAAAGAAGAAAUCAUCAUCUCAAUCUGGCCCUCAAUAA